UUUUAACCCCAUUGUUUUUUAGGAGUUGGUGAGAGGCGUACAACUCGGAGCAUUAUAUAACACUGUCAGCUUAAUAAUGGAUCUGGAGAAAUCUUCUGUCUGGGGAUCGCUGAAACAAAGGACGAAGCCUUUGUUACAAAACCUGAGCGUCAGAAGGACUAAAAAAAGCUCAGCCAAAAUCAUCGAGAAAAGAAAAAUUCAUCCUUUAGAUCGCCGACUUAGCUCUUCGGUGCCCGACGUGCUGAACAUAGAAACAAAACUUGAAGAAGAGACCCACUACUCAAGGGCCAAAGCCAUGUCCACUUACUUCCCAAGCGGUUUUUCUGCCACGGAGAUAUUUCUUGAAACCAGUAGUGACUCUUCCAUGAGGCAGACAGAGGAAGAAUGGCAAUGGCGGAAGGAGGAGACUGUCCGCUUGGAAAUUGGGGUUCAGGAAACUGAAGAGUUGGUGGUUUCUGCAUCAGAUCUGGAAGAGAGGCGGAAAUCCAGCGAAGAUUUUUUUGAGCUUCUGCAAAGGAAUACUUUCAACAAUGACGUUACAGAAGACCCCCUUGAGCAAUCAUACGGAGAUUCCAGCCUUGACUCUUCAUAUUCGUCUCAGAUAUCUGAACCUCCUCUUGAGGGAGCCGGUGAUGGUUUGAAUAAACCCAGUUCCUUUGCAUAUCUGCUGAUGAUACACCUGAAGGAAGGCAGGAACCUGGUCAUCCGGGAUCGCUGUGGUACAAGCGAUCCAUAUGUGAAGUUUAAGCUGAAUGGGAAAACCCUGUAUAAAAGCAAAGUGGUCCAUAAAAACCUGAAUCCAGUUUGGGAUGAAACCGUUGUGCUUCCUAUACAAUCUUUGGGGCAGAAGCUCUGGGUGAAGGUUUAUGACAGAGACUUGACUUCUUCCGAUUUUAUGGGCUCAGCUGUCCUAAUGCUUCACAAACUGGAACUGAACAGGACUAUUGAAAAAAUCCUAAAUCUGGAAGACCCAAAUAGCUUAGAGGAUGAUAUGGGUGUGAUCGUGCUGAAUUUAAGGCUUGUUGUGAAGUCAUGCGAUAUUAAAAGAAAUCGAUGGCCAAACCGAAGGAGAUGCUCUGUACCAAAGGCAAGCUUCAUGAGAACCAGCAGGCUGGUGGACACGCUGCAAAAAAACCAGUUGUGGAAUGGAACAGUUACUGUGGCUUUACUGGAAGGAAGGAAUAUCCCCAUGGGGGGCAUGACCUACAUCUUCGUUUUGUUGAAAAUGGGCCAGGAAAAAUUCAAAAGUCAGACGCUGUGUAAGAGUACAAAUCCACAGUGGAGGGAACAGUUUGAUUUUCAUUACUUCUCUGACAGGAAAGAUGUAUUGGAAAUUGAGAUCUGGGGAAAAGAUAACAAAAAGCACGAAGAAAUUUUGGGAAUGAGUUUUAGGAACUCUUUCCAAAACAUGAAGGAUAUUGGUUUUUUGCAAGUCAAACUUUUAAAAGCGGUUGAUCUGUUAGCUGCAGAUUUUUCAGGCAAAAGCGAUCCCUUCUGCGUCUUGGAAUUAGGGAACAGCAGACUUCAGAGUUAUACUGUUUACAAAAACCUCAACCCAGAAUGGAAUCAGGUCUUUACUUUCCCUAUUAAAGACAUUCACGACGUUCUGGAAGUCAUGGUGUUUGAUGAAGAUGGAGAUAAGCCGCCUGACUUUCUUGGAAAAGUUGCCAUCCCUUUGCUGUCUAUUAAAAAUGGGCAGCAAAGUUGCUACGUGUUAAAGAAUAAAGAUCUGGAACUUCCAUCGAAAGGCAUGGUCCACUUGGAAAUAGAAGUCCUGUUUAAUCCUAUAAGAGCAAGCAUUAGAACCUUUUCUCCACGUGAGAGGAGAAGUUUGGAAGACAACCGCAAGUUUUCCAAGAAGAUCUUAUCAAGAAAUGUGGAUCGGGUGAAACGAAUCUCCAUGGCAAUCUGGAACACGAUACAGUUCCUCCGAAGCUGCUUUCAAUGGGAAUCUCCUACAAGAAGCUUGAUAGCUUUUGUGGUGAGUGGGAUUAAUUCUCAUACCUAAUUAAAUGUGGUUUUUUU